AUGAGAAUAUCUACAUUGACCCAGAAUGACUCGAAUACCGGCCUCUUUGGGACUUCCCAGCAUCAUGACGGAGGAGGAGUCGGGUUGAAGCGCCAGCUAGAGGCGGCCAUGUGCCCGACCCUCCCGCUCGGCGCCGACGACGACGAGUCCCGGGAGUUCCUGCCGGACGGCGAGCUCCACCGGCUCGUGAACCCCGACUCCGCCCUCCGGACCCUGCGGGAGUGCAUGCCCGGUACCCCGGCGUGGGUUCCAAGCGUCUACGCUUACAGCAUCUUCAGCGGCUCGCCGAAGCUGAUCAAGGUCUUUGCGAUUUUGGUGCUCAUCGGCAAGCCGGGCGCGAUUGUCGGGUUCAUGAGGAACUCCAUCAGCGACAACGACCUGCCUCUGGAACCCACUCGCGCGAGCUCGGCGGAGGAGACGACUGUGCGGCACUCGAAGAAGACGCGCUUGUGCUGUGAUCUUGCUCUUGCGGGGCUCGGUCGAGAUGAUGUCGUUGCUUUCGAAGAGACGCAGUGGAAGGUUCUCGUGCCCUCUCUCGAAGAGCUAGGCGCGACCAGCGCUCCGUCUCAGUUCCAUCCAAAGACCAUCCUUCCGUUCGUCUGGGAUGAAGAUGCCGAGCCUGCAACGCACACAGGCGGACACUCUCACGUGUACCAGGUUCAGGUCCAUCCUGGAUAUCACACCUUCGGCAGUCCCACGGACAGGGCCACUCAGUUCGCCCUCAAAAAGCUCCGUGAUCAUUCUGGAGCAGCAUUCGAACGCGAGGUCUCGGCGCUCCGGCGCUCCGGCGAUACCGAGGACCCACACAUUGUGAAGCUGGUCACGGCCUUCAAACACGGCACCACAUCCUACCUCCUCUUUCCCUGGGCCGAUACAGACCUCCAGUCCUUUUGGUCCCAGACGGAUGCCCCGAAGGAUGAGCAUGCGGUUCUCACGGUCAAGCAGAUGCUCGGCGUCGCGCAGACACUCAAGGCGAUUCACUAUUGCCGCGUCAAGAAACGCACCGAGGCCAAGGAUGAAGCGGUGGUGAAAGGCUACCAUGGAGACCUCAAGCCAGAGAACAUCCUUGUGAAGGAUGGAGAGUGGAAGAUUGCGGAUUUCGGCAUCUCCCGGUUCCGCAACGCUGCAGACACCGAGGAGGAUAAGCCCCUUGGAUGCUCGCCGACCUACCGCGCCCCCGAGCACGAUAUCGGCCCCUUCAAUGGGCAAAAGGCUGAUAUAUGGUCCCUCGGGUGCGUGAUGAGCGUCGCCGCGACGUGGAUGAAGCUGGGGAAGAAGGGUGUGCAGAAAUUCAGGAAGGAGCGGGCGACACCAGACAAGGAGUCUUCGCGAGACGCGAAGGGAAAGGCUGAUGAUUCCUUUUUCGAGGCCGGGACGGAAGAGAAGGGCGGCUUGAAGCUCAAGCCUAGCGUUUCUCACUGGAUCGACAAGCUUCAUCAGUCACCGACGGCAAGCCCGCUCAUUCAUGAUCUACUCGACCUAGUCAAGAAUGAUAUGCUUGAGGUCGACGGGACGAAGCGCAUCACGAGCGAUCAGCUCGUCACAAAGUUGCAGACGAUCCACCAGAAGUGCUCUGAUGAUCCUUUGUACGCCAAGCCGGACACUCGCUCGGUCGCGGAGAAGUCUGCUGCUGAGAUGGACCGCUAUAUCGAGGAUAGUCGGUCCAUCAGCGUCAACACACUCCAGCUCCCGGGCCAGUAUAGUUUUACUGCCCCGGCCGGCACGACAUCUCCACAGCAGGGUGUCAAUAACUUUGGUCUCGAGGGCGAGACUUGCUCACUGCCAGGCUGGGCCGAUCCAUGGCCUGAGCAUGCUUUCUCGGAGCCACUGCCGUCGUAUCAACAGGCGACGAGCGCCCAGCCUCAAGGUGCAGGCUCUGGCUUCAACGCGUACUUCCAGGCCGCUAAUACCGUGCCGAUGUCGACGCAUGUGCCGGCGGCGUACCCACCGUUGCCGUCAAACAACGGACCUUCACCCGUCGCCAGUGGGUCCCAGCCCCGGAAGAAGCGCCAUAAGCCGAAUCCGUUGACAACGCCAAGCCCCGCAUCUCAACGAGAAGCCAGUGAAGUACGGGAAUCCAGCAACCCAAUGGAUUCUUGCGAACAGGAAUCUACUGUCCUUUUCGCCUGUCCCUACUUCAAGCAUAAUCCGAAGAAGUACAGCGCCAAGGAGUGGACCUCGUGCAACGGUUCUGGAUUCAAGAUCCCAAGGCUGAAGGAGCAUAUUCGCCGUAAGCAUCUCAAAAAGGCCUACCGAUGCAGCCGCUGCCGCCAAUGGUACGACACGAUGGCGGAUUUGACCGAGCACCAAAAGUCUUCCAUUCCAUGCCUUGUCAGCCAUGAUAAAUCGGAUGACAGAAUCGACGAGGCCCAAUGGAGUAGUCUUCAGGAUAGGAAGCGCGGGAAGUUGUUUGUCUCCAAGUGGGAGGACAUGUUCCAGGUUAUCUUCCCAUCAGUUGAUGUACCAUCGCCUUACCGAGACGAGCCGACUGAAGACCUCUUCAGCCAGUUCCGGAGCUCCCUAGAGGCUCAGCUACAAGGGCAGAUCGACUACCGACGACGACUCAAGAUCCAAGGUGCCCUAGAACUUGCCAGCGACUUCGAAAAGUCUAGAUCUGUUUCCCAGUCGACCACUGACUCCGAUGUCCCGUCUCUCUCUGGUGACAACUACUCGAACUCCACUACCAUGCUCUCCGAAUCUCCGAUGACCACCAUCGAGGCUUCACCAAUGAACGCGCCCGUCAACGAACCACCCGACUUGGGCAUGGGUGAAUCCAGCGUACCCUCAUGCCUUCCAAUGAUGCAGCAACAGAUGAUGUCCUUUCGGGACUUCACCCUGAUCCCGUACGGUAGUGCUGGGUCUGUUCUUGGAAACUUCGACGUAGACUGGAGUGAGCAGCCGCUGAUGGGGCAGGCAGGCGUGGUCGCAGACUCUCAGAUGGGGAUGUUUCCCGCAGACUCCCCUGAGAAUCUGUUCCCUCCGCCGUGA